GAUGACGCAACGCGACAACUGCGGGUCCCGAUUGCUGCAGCCGCUUGUCAGUGUGACGAAGAUUGGCACUCAGGUUGGCCGCCUGUCCGUGCUAUUUAUAAUGCCCCAGUGUUUGCAGCAUCUGCAGUGAACGUGAUGGCAGCCCAGUCGGUUUCCAUAGACAAGUAUCCAAAGGGAGAGCAGCAGAUGCAAGGUGUGGUAAAGGUAGACAUCGAGUCUGAGCACAAGUUUAUUGAGGGGACACUGGCAGAGGCAUCUAGCCCAGCACCCACAGAGCCACAGACACCCAUGGACGCGGACAAGGCCUCCAUAUAUCGGCAUCCCCUGUUCCCUCUCUUGGCCCUGCUGUUUGAGAAGUGUGAACAGUCCACACUGAGCUCUGAUUGCAUCACCUCGGCGAGCUUUGAUGUGGACAUUGAGAACUUUGUCCGCAAUCAGGAGAAGGAGGGCAAACCUUUUUUCAGCGAGGACCCUGAACUUGACAAUUUGAUGGUGAAAGCCAUCCAAGUGCUGCGGAUCCACCUGCUGGAGCUGGAGAAGGUGAGUGACCUGUGUAAGGACUUCUGCAGCCGCUACAUCGCCUGCCUCAAGACUAAGAUGAACAGUGAAACUCUGCUGAGUGGAGAGCCAGGGAGCCCGUAUUCCCCCGUACAAAGCCAGGUCCAGGGCUUUUCACCCACCAAGACUCCGACCUCCGGCUCUAUCUCAGGGACCAUCAGUCCCCAGGGUCAAAUCGUGGUGCCAGCAUCAGCCCUGCAGCAAGGGAACGUUACCGUGACAGCUGUCAACCCCACCCAGGUGGUCGCAGGUAUGUCACCAUGGCAUACAACCCCUCCCUCAGGUGGAACAGUGUUCCAGCCUGUUACAGUCGUCACGCCUCAGGGCCAGGUGGUAACACAGGCUCUGUCUCCUGGGACAAUACGCGUCCAAAACAAUCAGCUCCAGCUGCAGUUUCACCAGGACUUGAACCUCUUUAAUCAUGACGACAACUCAACCAAGAACAAACGUGGCGUUCUACCCAAGCACGCCACCAAUGUCAUGCGCUCGUGGCUCUUCCAGCACAUUGGGCACCCAUAUCCAACAGAGGAUGAAAAGAAACAAAUUGCCACACAGACAAAUUUGACACUUCUGCAGGUCAACAACUGGUUUAUAAAUGCACGGAGGCGGAUCCUGCAGCCAAUGUUGGACGCCAGCUCCUCUGAGACACCAAAAGCCAAGAAGAAGACCCCGCAAAACCGACCACUGCAGCGCUUCUGGCCUGACUCGAUUGCUGGAGGAGGAGGUGCCCAGCAGCAAGUCACCAUGCCAGAUGGAACAAUGGUAACGAUGAACAUGGAGGGCCUGCAGAGCCUGACGUCAGACGGUGCCACACUGGCAGUACAGCAGGUGAUGCUUGGAGGCCACAGUGAGGACGAGUCGGGGGACAGCGGAGAUGAGGACGAUGACACAGACAUGGCUGGGCUGGGCCUGGACAACAGCGACUCGUUGCAGUAGAGGACACACUCCCUCACACUCUGAUCUACACAUACACACAAGACAUGCAUAACUAGGUCUACAGAUUAAAUGUGUUUUUUCCAACACACAAUGAAUCGUAGUACAAAAAGACAGACACAUUAGGUUUACAUAGAGCACAAAACUACAGGACGUAACAGUCCUGCACUCUUCCAAUCCUCCACCCUGCUGAACAGCAGUUUAUGCUGCUUGUGUGUACAUCAGGAGUUUCAUUUCAGAAACUGUUUUUUAAUGAUUUAAUUGAUGUAUGCGAGUGCACUUUUUUUUUGUAUAUUUAAGCUCUAAAAGAUUAAAUCAAACAGACAGAAGAAAAAGAAGUGUUAAAACACUCAAAGCAAGUUUGUAUGCUCCGUUAAAAAUGUUGACUGAUUUAUGUUUUUUCUUUUUCGGCCCCUGUUCCCCAUCCCCAGUUAAAUUCUCAUUUUGGAUGCCAACAAUUUUAAAGUUGUAUCUGUAAGGGUUUGUCUUCACUUUUUGCAUGCUUGUUUUGAGUAGAUGUGCGCACUCUUGCGACUGACUCCACGGCUAUCACAAUGGGCCCCUGCAAUCCAAGCAGAGCCCCGAGUGGAGAGAUUGAAAAAUAAGGAGAGAUGCUUAUUUUUAUAUACAAACAUAUGGAAUUAGUGUUUUGUUUCAUUUUUGUGUUCUCCUGUUUUGUAAGGAAUAUUUAUGUACAGAUUCAUAAUUAAAGCUAGCGACCCUGUUUUCCAGGGUUCUUUGAAGUUUUCUAAAAAACAGUAAAAGGAAUUGAAUGCUGAUGAAAAUUGCUAUUUAAAUUGGUUUUAAACUUACAAUACUAA